AGGUUGCUGAAGUUCGGUAGUUCACAGUUACCGCGCAGUCGGUUAAACCAGCUGCAAAACCCCGUGGGAUGUUCCAUUGCUUCUGUCCUAACAUAACCGAGCGAAAAAGCUUAGCCGGAACGUUCUUCGGCCCUGUAAUCGGGGAUUGUAAUGCCGGUGGCAAUGAUCGCGCCUUCCACAUCAUAAUCACAGCAGGGGUUGGUGGGCGAAGGCUUCACCAUAAUGCACAUUCUAUUGACAGUCGACCGCAUGAGAAAAGUUUGCUGAGAUAAAAGGGCCAGGCUGGUUCGGCUCAAGAUCAAUUGACAAUGUAAUAACUAUCAAGUGUCAACUGCUAAUAACUAUCAAGUGUCAACUGCCAACUUCAAGGUUAAUACCAAAUAAAUUAUCAACAACCAGCUUUUGAGGGCCUAACAUCAUGCCUACUGCAACCGAGACUGUCGUGAGCACGCAGACAAAGGUUCGCCCGGCUCUCAGGCUUCCAAACGCUCAUGAGAGUGACACUAAGUCUCCUGAAUGGCUGGUUGAGUUACAGACCAAGGGAUGGACAGUAGUCCGCGAGGCCAUUCCUAAGGAAAAAGCCUUAGAGUAUGCCGACAAAGGGUACGAAUGGCUUGAGAGUUGGAACCUUGGGUUCAACCGUAGUGAUCCAUCCACUCGGAAGACAGCUAACCUUCCAUGGCACAUCCGUGGCGGGCUGUAUAACAGGUACGGCGUGGGCCAUGAACAAUUCGUUUGGGAUUUGAAAUCUGAGCCUGGACUUGUGGAGAAAUGGGAGCAGAUUUGGGGAACCAGGGAGCUACUUGUGUCUUUCGAUGGUGUGAAUCUUUCUAUGCCGGAAAAGGAACGCCCCAAGACAGACCCGCUCUUCGCACCCUGGGCACAUGUCGACCAGUCACCCUUUAAUGAUAAAUUCGACACUGUCCAGGGCAUUCUGAAUCUCCUGCCAAACGGCCCCGACGAUGGUGGACUCAUGGUUCUUGAAGGGUCCAGCUCAUUCUAUACCGAGCUCUGGAAACGCUUCGACCAUAAACAAGGUGAAAGGGGUUGGAGCACGUGGGCUUUCCAGAAUGUAGAUGAGGAGAUGUGCCAAUGGGUCGAGUCAAAGGGAUGUCAAUGGAGAAAGGUUUGCGCACAGCCUGGUGAUCUGCUACUCUGGGACUCGCGUACUAUUCAUUACGGCGCCCCCCCUUCCUCUGUAAAUGACCGCUUCGCGGCAUAUGUCUGCUACAAGCCGGCCGCCUGGGUUUCUGAGGAAGCAAAGCAAGUCCGACUCAAAGCUUUUAAAGAAAAGCGUAAUACCACCCAUGACCCGGCUGAUUUCCGAGUAAAGGAUCGCCUUCCGCCUGAUGAUCAUCCAUCGUACGAGGCCGCUGUUAAAAGGCCUCUCCAAAACCCCGUCCUUUCGAAGAGGGCCAGGGAGUUGAUUGGACUGGAUCCAUACUGAUUGGCAACGUGCCCGUUAGGAAGACCAUAAGGAGAGCUCGUAAAGAAAACGAAAAAACAAAAAGGUCAAAUGGGAAGAUAUUGAAAGACUGAUAAGUUUGCCAUAAGUUGUAUCGUUAAUCAUUCUAUAUGUUCAUCUGCAGAAGUCGGUCAUUUCUGAGUUUUGAUAUUAACAAGAAAUAAUACUUGAUGUCAUGCCGCAUAUAACUAGCAAUUGAACAAAUGACCCCGCUUCCUCUCAUUCGAUGAUUUACAGGACAGAAUUCACCAAUAAAAUAGCUUCUAGGUUUGACAGCGCCUACAGUAGACAGGGAAAAGGGAAUACUGGUGCGGAAACAAAGCAGAAUAGUGCAGUUUCGCCAAAUGGCACCUGUACGUUAGCACCUAGACAGCCCCUCCAAGGGUGUAGGAAUAUAAUCUACUUA